AUGCGGUGUUUUAUCAUAUGCCCGUCUGUCCGCAAAACUGGUCGCUGCCUGAUCGCUCACGAAGCACCACUGUCCUCUGGAUUUGGCGCCGAAUUGGCCGCAUCAAUUCAGGAUGCAUGCUUCCUCAAUUUGGAGGCUCCCGUUUCGCGGGUCGCCGGCUACGACACACCGUUCCCGCAUAUUUUCGAGCCAUUCUAUUUGCCAGAUCGAUUUCGUUGUCUGGAAGCGGUGCGCAAACUCGUGGACUAUUAA